GAAAAAUCUACGCUCACCACCAAAAAGGGUUUUUCUCUUCUUUAGCCACGCAAACUCUCUCUUCCCUACUUUGUUUGCUCUUCGGAAAGAGAGAGAGCUCCAAAAACUCUUCUUUCUGCUCCACCUCCUAUCUUUGGCCCCCUCCCCAUUACUCUCUCUCUCCGAAUACUUUCUCUCUCCCUAUACGCCGAAUCCAUCAGAUUCAGCGUGUUGGAAUCGCUAUUUUUCUUCUGCAUCUUCUUUUGAUUUUACUGCGGCGAUUGACUCUCGAGACCGAAGAGAUUGCGGUAUGCAGGCUGAUCAGACGGUGUUGAGCUUGAGACCUGGUGGUGGCAAUCGAGGAAGCAGACCACUUGCCUCUCGCUUCGACUCUUCUUCCCCAUCCUCUGAUCUUCCGGUUCUUCGUCCUCAUGGCGGUGCUCCUCUUUCUCUCUCUAUCAAGACUGGAGAUUCCCGAUUUGAGGGCCGUGAACGUGUUCGGUACGCCCGAGAUUUGCUGUUACAACUUCGGGAGGCUGUUAACAUCCCUGAAGAUAUUCUGAAAAUCAAACAAGAAGUUGAAGUUGAAUUUUUUGGUGAGGAUCAAAAUUGGGGACGUGGAGAAAGCAAUCUGCAAAAUCAAUCUCCAAAUCGUUAUUCUGAGCCAAACAAUCGUGACUGGCGUGGUCGAUCUGCACAAUUUCCUAGCUCUGGAGGGGAGAGGUCCUGGUUUGAGUCUAAGCAGCAGGACGCAAAUCAAUAUAUUCGCCAAGACCAACUCAAUUCGCAGUUUGCAAGGGCACAUAUCUCUCCUAAUCAAGGGGUAAGCCCGUCUCCUGCUUUAAUCAAGGCUGAGGUGCCAUGGUCAGCUCGAAGAGGAAAUCUCUCUGAGAAUGAACGCGUCUUGAAGACAGUAAAAGGGAUACUGAACAAGCUGACUCCAGAGAAGUUCGAUCUUCUCAAGGGUAAAUUGAUUGACUCAGGGAUCACAACAGCUGACAUUUUAAAGGGAGUUAUCUCCUUAAUAUUUGAUAAGGCUGUGCUAGAACCCACAUUUUGUCCCAUGUAUGCUCUCUUGUGUUAUGAUCUCAAUGUGAAGCUUCCGCCAUUCCCAUCUGAUGAACCGGGUGGAAAAGAAAUCACGUUUAAGCGAAUCCUCCUGGAUAAUUGCCAGGAGGCUUUUGAGGGUGCUGACAACCUGAAGGCAGAACUAAGGGAGAUGACUGCCCCUGAGCAAGUGUUGGAACGUAGAGAUAAAGAAAGAAUGGUCAAGCUUCGCACUCUUGGAAACAUCCGUCUAAUUGGAGAGCUUUUGAAGCAGAAGAUGGUGCCCGAAAAGAUUGUUCAUCACAUUGUUCAGGUGCUUUUGGGGCAUGACAGUAAGACUUGUCCUGAGGAGGAAAAUGUUGAGGCAAUUUGUCAGUUCUUCAAUACUAUUGGCAAGCAGCUUGAUGAGAACCAAAAGUCACGGCGUAUGAAUGAUAUGUAUUUCAACCGAUUGAAGGAAUUGUCAACGAACCCCCAGCUAGCUCCACGAUUAAGGUUCAUGAUUCGUGAUGUUCUCGAUCGACGUGUUAAUAAGUGGGUUCCCAGGCGUGAAGAGGUGAAAGCCAAAACCAUUACUGAAAUCCAUUCAGAGGCGGAAAAGAAUCUGGGAUUGCGUCCAGGUGCUACUGCAAGCAUUAGAAAUAGUCGUGGCAGUGUUUCUGGGGCUCAAGGGAAUAUCAGUCCUGGUGGCUUCCCCAUCAACCGGCCUGGCUCUGGGGGCAUGAUGCCUGGAAUGCCGGGAACCAGGAGGAUGCCUGGGAUGCCUGGAAUCAAUAAUGACAAUUGGGAGGUUCCGAGCUCACGGUCAAUGCCAAGGGGGGAUGGAUUAAGUAUGCAGCCUACUGGACAUGUUCAGCCCCCAUUGAUUGGCAAGCCACCAUCAUUGCACUCUAGAAUUCUACCUCAGGGUAGUGGUGGUCUGGUAAGUGGCACAACUAGUGCCCUAUUGCAAGGGAGUGGUGCCCCUCCUGCACGCCAGCCCAACUUUGGUUUUGGUAUGGAUCAUGCACCUGAAAACCGUACUCCUGCUAGAGCUGUUCCCAAUGCAGCUGUGCUCUCAGUUGCUGAGAAACCACAGGCUCCUGCUGCUAGUUUGAGUCUGGAUGAACUCAAGAGAAAAACAAUCUCUCUACUUGAGGAAUAUUUUGGUGUCAGAAUAUUGGAUGAAGCAUUAGUGUGUAUUGAGGAGUUGAAGUCCCCACUUUAUCACGCUGAGGUUGUAAAGGAAGCCAUUUCCCUUGCAUUGGAGAAAAGCCCGCCGUGUGUUGAACCAGUUGCAAAACUUCUGGAGUAUUUGUUUGCCAAGAAGGUUUUUACUGAUAAGGACCUAGGUACUGGAUGUCAGCUGUAUGGCUCAAUUUUGGAUGAUAUUGGCAUAGAUAUACCAAAAGCACCAAGUAAUUUUGGCGAGGUUAUUGGGAAUCUAGUUUUGAUUAGAGGAUUGGACUUCAAGGUGGUGAAAGAAGUACUGAAGAAGGUGGAGGAUGACAGGUUUCAGAAAGCUAUAUUCGAUGCUGCAAUCAGUACUGUUAGUUCCGGGCCAUCGGGACAAAGGGUGUUGGAGUUGCAAGCACAUGAUAUUGGGGCCUGCCAGAGCUUAUUACUCUAGCAAGCCUACUCUGUCCUUGUAUGAGUAUUUUCAAUGUCUGUAGCCUCAUAAUAGAACAUUUUCUACUCAUUUUCUCCUUCCAUCGUUAUGUCACUUCAAUUCACAACUGUUGGAGCCGAGCAACUGUAUUACAAAUAUGUGAUAAAGUUGAAGCUGCGAAGAACAGGUAAAUUUUAGAGAGCCGUAUACUUACUGAAGUCAUAGGAAGGUGUUUAUUUCAGGGAAAAACAUAAAAAUGACGCCAUGAAUUUUGUCUUGAGUGUGGCUAAUCAUGUGCCAAAGUUACUCUAGAUGAACUAUCCUUUUAUGGGAUUCAGUUGUUUGUAUUUUGAUUAGUUAUUUUUUUAUUUUUUAUUUUUGUGACUUGAGUAAUUUAAAAUUUUUCAAAAUGGACGAGUAUAAAUGCAUCUCCCUGUAUUGCCUUGGUUA